AUGGAAGUGAUUGUUUGUGUAGACUUGGUCCGACGCAGAAUAAUUUCAGAUCCAGCAACAAUGGGCGAUCAGGGUGUAUAUGCCUGUGUUGCGAACAAUCAACAUGGAGUGAUGGCAAAGAAUUUCAAAGCAGAAUAUACAUACUGA